AUGUCUGUUUCAGAUGAUAGUAUUUUAAUAACACAGUCUAAAGAAAACGGAUGUUUGAGCCCUAUAGAAUCCGAUUUUAUUUUAAGUGAAGUAUUAGACAUGGUAGAAUCGGCUGACAAUAAGCAAAGAACAGAGCUCCAGCCGUCGUUUGAUUUGAAAAGCGACCUAUUUUCAGACAUUUCGGACGAAGAACUUUUGAAAGCAACUCAGCUCAUCGAACAAAAUGAGCCAGCAAGGUUUCCAGUGCCACUGAAACAAAGUGAUUUAGACAACCUUGUCAAAAGUGGAUUGUCUAGUAAGACAGAAAAGAAAUCAAAAUGGGCAGUUAACAUGUUUGACUUAUGGCAGAAGAACAGAAAUAAAAACACAGACUCUUUUGUGCCAAACAACAAUCUCAUAAAUAUGAGUAGCGAAGUGCUGAACGAGACACUGGGGUACUUCAUACAACACCAUCUUCGAUAG